CAAUAUUAUAUCGUUCUACAAAUAAUUCCAAAUCGAAUUACCCUGCAGUUAGCAAUUAUAUGUUAUUCUAAUUCUUAGGAAUUACCAAAAUCUAGCUUCAACCCAUACCCAACUUGUAGAAAUAAUACAAUGCUUAAUCAUGAAUGUGGAAUUACAUUACAAAGACAUUAAUGGACAAUUCUACACAAAAUCCAAAAUAGAAAAGAGUUGACUGAAGACUCAAUCGCUGCUACCAAACCAGCCAUCUUCCCCUAUAAGUAGAAAUCCCCCUGACCCUCAAUUCCUACAUUCAAUUCCUUCAUUCCAACCAAAAAAGGAGAAAGAGAACAAAGAAGAAAUGGCUCUUCUUCCUUCUUCCUCUUCUUCCAUCCUUCCCCUGCUUCUCCUCUGCCUCCUAAUAACCCCAUCCCUCGCAUUUCCCAAACGCCACCAACCAGCCCAAAAACAGCAGCAACGCUUCCUCCAAUGUCUCUCCGACCACAGCAAAAAAACCACCGCCAUCCCAUUCUCCCGAUCCUUCUUCACCCCUGACAGCUCCAACUUCUCCACCGUCCUCAAUUCCACCGCUCAAAACCUCCGCUACCUCCUCCCUUCCGUCCUCAAGCCCGUCUUAAUCUUCACCCCACUCCAAGUCUCCCACAUUCAGGCCGCCGUCAUCUGCUCCAAGAAGCUCAACAUCAACCUCAGAAUCCGCAGCGGCGGUCACGACUACGAGGGCCUCUCUUACGCCUCCAAGACAGAGUCCUCUUUCCUCAUCCUCGACCUCUCCAAGCUCCGCGCCGUCUACGACAUCGACAUCACUUCUAAAACCGCCUGGGCCCAGGCCGGCGCCACAAUCGGCGAGGCCUACUACCGGAUUGCCGAGAAAUCCCGCACCCACGGCUUCCCCGCCGGACUCUACAGCAGCCUCGGCGUCGGCGGGCACAUCACCGGCGGAGCUUACGGCGGCAUGAUGCGGAAAUACGGCCUGGGAGCCGAUAAUGUCGUCGACGCACUCAUCGUUGACGCCUCCGGGAAGCUCCUGGACCGCAAGGCCAUGGGGGAGGACGUCUUCUGGGCGAUCCGCGGCGGCGCCGGAGGGAGCUUCGGAGUGAUCGUUGCCUGGAAAUUGAAAUUGGUCCCUGUUCCAGCCACCGUAACGGUUUUCACCGUUCCCAAGACCCUCCAAACUGGGGCGACGAAAAUUCUGUACAAGUGGCAGCAGGUCGCCGACAAGCUUGACGACGAUCUGUUCAUCCGGGUCAUAAUCACCACGGGCCCGAUCGGCAACACAACCGAGCGAACCGUCACGACUCUUUACCAGGCUCUGUUUUUGGGCGAUUCCGAGAGACUCCUCAAAAUCAUGGGCGCCAGUUUCCCCGAAUUGGGUCUCACCAAAGCGGAUUGUUUAGAAACGAGCUGGAUCCAGUCCGUGGUUUAUCUGGCCGGAUUCCCAACCGGCACCGCACCGGAGGUCCUGCUUCAGGGGCAGUCUCUGUUCAAGAAUUACUUCAAAGCGAAAUCCGAUUUCGUGCGCGAUCCGAUUCCAGAGACGGGUCUUGACGGAAUUUGGAAGAGAUUCCUCCAAGAGGACAGCCCGCUGACGAUCUGGAACCCAUUGGGCGGGCAAAUGGCGAGGAUUUCAGAAUCCGCCAUCCCAUUCCCUCACAGGAAGGGGAACGCGUUCAUGAUCCAGUGGGUGACCAAUUGGCAGGAUGGAGAGAGCAGCUCCGCUCGGCAUAUGGACUGGGUUAGGAAGCUGCAUAACUACAUGACUCCCUACGUGUCGAAGAAGCCCAGAACUUCGUACGUGAACUACAGGGACCUGGAUCUGGGGAUGAACAAGGGCGGGAACACCAGCUUCAUUGAAGCGAGUGCAUGGGGGACGAGUUACUUCAAGGGGAACUUCAACAAAUUGGUGCAGAUCAAGACCAAGUUCGAUCCCGAGAACUUCUUCAGGCACGAGCAGAGCAUCCCGCCGCUGCCGGUGUCGAUGAGGAAGAGGAAGGGAAGAGGCGGAGUAGGGUUUCACUGAUCGAGUCAUUACAAAGAAAAUAAAGCAACUUUUGGUACUAAGCAUGGUUUGUGUGUAAUUGUUUUGGUUUGGAUUAGUUUACGUGGUUUAAGAAUGAAUUUUAAGCUUUGCUAAUAACUGAUACUCUGGUUUUGGUACAACUAGGACUUAGAUGAGGUGAUGGAUUAAAGGAUCGAGUUGUUGCGAGUGAGCAAGGCUUUGGGUACCAUACAUAUUUGCAAACAUGUAUGUUUGUUUUCCUCUUUUGACACAUUUUAUUAAUGCAUUUCGUCAUAUACAUCAGUGUGAACUCUUAUAUUUUUGGUUUCGAAUCUCGUAAUCAAAUCGAACAAUCGUAAUAACAUGAAUACUUAAAA